UAUUUUCAUACGAAUUUAUAAUUCCAACCUAAAAAUUCAAAGACGUAUAAAAUAAAAUCAUUCAACUUCAAGAAAUUAAUAAAAACUGUUUGUUUAUUCAUUCCAUGUUUUUUUAUUACCAAUUUUAAAAAAUUAUAAUCAACAAUGAGUAAUAUUUACAUCCUAGAACCUCCGUCUACUGGCAAAGUACUUUUGAAAACUAGUGUCGGCGAUGUCGACAUCGAACUAUGGACCAAAGAGGCACCGAAAGCCUGCAGGAAUUUCAUCCAACUUUGCAUGGAAGGAUAUUACAAUGGAACGAUUUUCCACCGACUUGUCAAGGGUUUUAUUGUCCAAGGAGGCGACCCCACUGGUACAGGUGAAGGCGGCGAAAGUAUUUACGGUCAUCCAUUCAAAGAUGAGUUUCAUACCCGGCUACGGUUCUGUCGCCGCGGUUUGGUCGCGAUGGCAAACGCUGGCAAAGACGACAAUGGCUCACAAUUUUUUAUUACACUUGGAGCGACACCGGAGUUACAAAAUAAACACACGAUAUUUGGUAAAGUCACUGGGGAAACGAUCUAUAAUAUUUUGAAAUUAGAAGAAGCUGAAGUCGAUCACGAUGACAGGCCAACGUAUCCACAAAAAAUAAUAAAAAGUGAAGUUUUAUUGAAUCCAUUCAAAGAUAUUGUACCCCGAGUAUUAAAUACUGUUGAAGAUAAACCAGCCAAAGAAUCAAAACCCAAAGUAUCUGGUGUCAAGAAUUUUAAAUUACUAUCUUUCGGCGAAGAAGCUGAAGAAGAUGAAGAAGAGUUCACUGUUUUAAAUAAACAAUUCGGUGGAAAAAGUAAAUCCGCUCAUGACCAUUUGGAUGAUCCGAAGUUGAGUUCUUCUGUUACCGUCGAACCAGCGGGACCGCCGAGUAAAAAGAGGAAAGAAGAUCGCAGCAGCGAUUGGGAGAGUAGUGACGAUGAAGCUAACGAAGAAGAUCGUUCUAAAGCUCAAGAAAAAGCCCAAGAAAUGAAAAAGAGGAUCAUUGAGAAGUUGAAGGAAAAAAAAGAAGAGAAAAAAUUGAGUGACAAAAAGAAAAAGGAAGUGAGUUAUGAAGAAGCUGAUAAAGAAUCCAGCGAGGAAGAAUAUUAUCUAGGGAAGGAACGUUUUGAUGAACGUAAAAAGCAGGCAGAUGCGAUUAAAAAAGAAAUACGAGACUUGAAACGCGGCGUGCAGCGCGAAAAAAAAGAUAAAGAGACUAAAGAGCAAGAAAAGUUGGCCGAGGAAGAAAAGAAAGCGAACAAAGGAAAACUAAUUGAAGAAUUUGUCGAGAUUCCGAAGUACAAAGAGGCGUCGAAGAAAAUUUCAUUGACUGGAGCGUCGCGGGACAGUUUUACCGUCCAGAUGUUGAACAAAUUCCGUAGUAAGUUACACACCGUCAAGGAAUCGACCUCCGAUGGCAGCACUAGUGACAGCAAAACGACCAAACCCAGAGUCGACGAUGAUGACGAUGAUGAUGAUGAGUCAUGGAUGACCCAGACCCUGGUCUGCGAGGACAAGAAUCCGACUCUAGCCAAAGACGCCAACACCAAAAACGACGACUGGUUCGAAAUUUACGACCCGCGGAACCCGCUGAAUAAACGCAGAAGAGGUGAAAAUUCUGAUGGGAAAAAGGGCCAAGGGCGCCAUCACUAUCGAAUAUAAUUAUUAUAUUUUUAUAUUUAAUUACCGCUUGUAUAUUUGUGAAUAUAUGUAAUAAAUUUUUUCUGCUAGUAUUUAAAAUUAUAUAUUUUGUAUUUUUCAC